AUGAGUGACAACAUCCCUCUAAUCAGCGUGUGUGUAGUCGGCGGAAACGCGGUAUCCGCUUUCCUCUCCUGGCGACUCCAGGCCACCAAUGCCUGCGACGUGACUCUGGUGUGGAAGUCGGGAUAUGAUGCUGUAAAUCAGUACGGCAUCUCGUUCAAAUCCGCAAAGUUUGGCAAUGAGCGAUUUAAGCCACGAACUGUUGUCCGCGCCCCAGAAGAGGCCGCGAGUGCAAAGGACGGUGCUUUCGAUUAUGUUCUGCUCUGUGUGAAGGCUCUUCCGGACGUUUACGACCUGGCAGCAGUCAUUGAAUCUGUGGUUACACCCCAACAUACCUGCAUUAUCGUUAAUACCACACACGCAUUGGGCGUCGAGUCCCAUCUUGAAACAAGGUUCCCUAGCAACGUUGUUUUGUCCCUUGUCUCUGGCGCCGAGAUCAAUCAGCUAGGAGCAUCCGAAUUCGAGCAUAAGGGAUCCGCGGAAAUAUGGGUGGGCCCUGCGAACAAGAAUCCGGACAUGCCUCCCACGAUACAAGGGGAUAUGGCAGAUGCUCUGGCUAUGACGUUGAGCAGUGGGCAGGUUGAUUGCCAUGUGUCUCAGAACAUACGGCAGAAGCAGUACGAGCGGAUGAUCGGCCCCAUUGCUUUCCAUCCGCUAAGCGUCAUCUUUGAUACUCCAUCACAUUCAGCACUGCUCGAGAAAGUUGGCGUGCGACAAUUGGUCUCGGACCUGUUCGAUGAACUCAUCACCCUUGCCAAUGCCCAGGAUUGUACAUUUCCGUCGGAUUUCAAACAACAAACAAUGAACGAGAUGUUACGACCCACCGAAGUAAACAGCAUCAUGUACCAAGAUUAUGCUGCGAAACGACCAAUGGAAGUUGAGACGUAUCUGGGCUCACCGAUCAAACUUGCCCAAGCAGUUGGUGUAAAAGUACCCCGGAUCGAGACGCUGUAUUCCAUCCUCCACAACCUGAAUAUCGUUAACCAGCAGAGAAAAGACACCGCAGUCGCCUCUCCAGUACCCGGAAAUCUUCCACCUAGGUUAUCCUCAAUGCCACCUCCAAACAGGCCCAUGAUGAACGGCGCUGUCAAUGGAAACGGAGCAGGUAGGGGCAGAGGAAGAACGUCGAGCAUGAACGGACCACAUCCCGGUGCGAUGCGGAGGGGUCCUCCACCUGCGAAUGGCGGCUUACCCAAUGGUUAUGGUAGGCCUAUGAACGGAAACGGGUAUGCGUCUCGAAACCAGUCUCGGAGGGGUUCUAUGGAGGGCAAUGAUCUCGGGGAAGAGUUCAGUCAUCUGGCGCUCUACAGCGACAUUCCUGAGUCGGGCGAAUCAGUUUAUGGCGACACUCCUGAACUCACGCUUCGAGAACGCGAAUUAAUGUUACGGCAACGGGAGGUGGCUUUGAAAGAGCAGGAGAUGCGCAUGGGAAAGGGCGGCGGUGGACGUGGCGGCCGUCGAGGUCCACCAACGCCUUCCAUCCGGAACGGUGGAGGGUUUGACGAUGACGACGAUGACGAUUUUAUCGAUCCUAUGGAUGCCCCCCCUGUGCCCCUGAUCGACCCUGACAAUUUCGACAUGAUGAGUGUCACAUCUAAGCGGAACCGCAAAGCACCCAGCGCCAGCCAGCUGCGCAAAAACCCCGAAUUCGACUCUCAAUCGAAAAGCGGGAGACUAAUGCGCCCAGGCUACCCAAGAAACCGAUCAAGCGCUAAACUUAUUAGCCAGGUGCCAGGCUUGCACGAUUCUAUAAUGGAUGAUCCAUUGAUGGGCUACUCGUCAAAUCGGUAUGCCAAUGUGGACAGGCACCAAAUCGGGUCCGAUUCAAGGACUAACUCACUGACUAUCGGUCGUCUCGACGAGAUGCAAUAUGGUAAUGGGGGCUCGCAAAAUGGACCAUACCCAAGAAGAACCAGCAACUCACCGGGUACCCAGUAUAGUCCACAGCUCGAGGGAGUGAAUGAAGGUCGGUCACCGCUCAACGGAUACAUGGGAACUCCUCCGAACGGAAUGCGUCAGCCGCCCCAACGCCUCCCGUCGGGCCAGGCCAAUACAAUUCCGUCGCCGCAAGUUGAGCAAUAUGCUGGGGUGAGCGCCCUUCAUCCACCAAAAGGCAAUAAUGUGAACGUUCGAAGUCUGACGGGUAGUGCCAGCGCUAGCGCGGGGAGUAGUGAUAGUGCCAACAUCGAUUCCGAGCCGUCUGCGCACAGCAGCCAGAGCAGUCUCGGUCCUCGACCCCCGGUGGACGUACGGUAA